GCGUACACACCACACCGUUCAUGUAAUAUCUAUUAGAUAAGAACACUCCAUGCAUAUCAAUCUAAACCUAUCAGAGAGAAAUACGGUAAGAAAAUGCAAACAACACCACAGAGAAAAAUAGUCCUAUCCUAUACUUAAAGCAAGAUACGGUACGAGCGACAGUGGUGGAGGGAGAGGAUGCUCCAGCGAGCGAGAGACGAGGGCAUACAUGUCCCUGCCGACCUCGAGGAAGGGCUGGCGGCAGACCCUGUGCAGCGGAGACAGGCUCGCCACCGAGUGCCCAGAGUGACCCAGACUCGUCUCGACGGUUGGGUCGAGCACCCCAUCCAGUACGACCUUGACAUGGCGUACAUCAGAUUCUUCGUGGGCUGUGGUAUCCCGUUCAAAGUCUCUAGAUCGGAGUGGUAUUUGGCUCUACACGACGUCUACCUCAGUCAGUUCAAAGGUCCGUACCGACCGCACCAGCCGGGGUCUGAGUUACUGCGCACGACUCUGUUGUCCCUGUUGUACGCGGAGCUCGAUGAGCGUUUGCGGUAUCACCGAGAGUCGUGGUCUGAGGGGGUCACUUUCAUGACGGACGACUGGUCGACUCAAGCCAACCGCCCUCUCUGCAACUACUUGGUUGCAGGGAGGUUGGGUGCAUCCCUGUACUGUGUCGAGGAUAUGUUCGGUAGGGAGCGGACCGGAGCAGGUCUAUACCUCAGAUGGAGGGAGCUCAUUCUGGAGAUCGGCGCUCAGCAUGUGGUAGCGAUAUGUACGGACAAUGCGUUGGCCAACAAGGAGGCUUACCAUUUGCUCCGUAAUGACCAGGAUCUUUCAUUGCGAAAGAUCGCUUGGAUCCCUUGCGCAGCCCACUGCUGCAAUUUGAUGCUCACGCACAUCGCCAGACAGCCGUGGGUUGCGCAGGUCGUGGAUCUGGUUGCCACCAUUAUGGGCCCCAUUCACGAGCUCCUCCAGCAGGUUGAUUCUGACGGGCGUAGGGUCGGCGACGUGUGGGGUCUGCUGGAGAGGCUGCGGAUUACCGUAGAUCGACUAUCUCUUGAUGAGGCUUGUCACCAGCCCGUAAAGAAGAUAGUCAAGGAGAGGUCAGAUAUGCUCCUCACCCCCAUUCAUUGCGCUGCGUACCUGUUACACCCCAAGUACCGCAGCAUUGACACCUUGAUGCGAGGGACGGUGCAGGAGCGCAUUCUCGUGGAGAAUGCGCUUGAUUACAUCGCGAGCCAGAUCGCGGGAGGCCGAGAGGGCGACAAGAUGACUGUCGUGUGGAGUUCUUUGCAGGACUUCCACGGCAAGUAUCCCACACCUGGUCAUUGGGGGGGACCCAUCGGAGAUGCAGAGAUCGAGCAGCCCGACUUUGAUCCCGUGAGGUGGUGGAGGGUUCAGGGGGGUGAUCAUCGGGUACUGCGAGAUGUCGUCAUGCGCUGCUUGGGUGCGUGGACCACUGCCUCUCCCUGUGAGAGAAACUGGUCCACGCACGACUUGGUGCACACGAAGAGGCGCAACAGGCUGGGCGUCGAGCAGUUGGAGAAGCUUGUGCUCUGUCACUGGAACCUUAAGCUUCUCCAGAGCAGUCACGGGCGUGGCGGGUUCAUAGGGGCAGGCCUCCCAGGGGUCGGAUUGACUGAUGUGGAGAGGAGGGCCGAGGACUACUCCCGUUUCGAGCUGGACGUGAUGGCCCCGGGGACAUACGACCCGGCGGAGAUCGAGAGGGAGGCCGAUCGCCUUAGGAGGCAGUCGAGGGGCAGACGCUUGGCGCGGGCCGCUGCAGCACUGGCUCAUCAGAUUCGCCAGCAGGGCGAAGACGUGAUCCGCGGAGAGGAUGUGAUUGACGACGACAUGUCGUGGUUGUCGGGACCUUAUCGAGGGGAUGGGUUUUUGGAUGUCGAGGCCCCUGCCACCGUGAGCCCUGCAGGUACUGUUGAGGGCACGUCGGCCGAGUCCCCCGCCGUGCCUGCUGGCACAUUUUCCAGCCCCCACCGUGCAGUGGAGUACGACUCCGAGGGGCGGCUCAGACGACGAGCAGGUUUCACCGAUCCGCUAGACUUGUGGGCAGCAUCGGCUGUAUGCCAUGAUGUUGAGAGGGAUUUAGCGGCGUACUUACAGAGACCGUUGUCGGAUCUGCCGCGAGUUGCCCUUGAUGCGGAGACCGGCGACGAGGAAUGUGGAGAGCCCAUUGUUGGGGAGGCUACGGUUGGGGAGGCCACUGCAGGAGAGGGAGGCGUAGAGAGAGAGGAUCUCGUGCGUGACCUGGCGGUGGUCGGUUACUCGGCGGAGGAGAUCGAGGAGGCAUUGGAGGGGUACCCUGGAAGACAGGGACGAGGCAUACUUCGACAGGGGAUGCGCUCACGUUACGGGGUGGAUUGUGGCACCGCACGCGUUUCUCCCUCGCUCCCGUUGCCGCCCCCAGAUCCUUCUUUGGCACUGGGCAUCGCAGGCCCCGGACUGCAGCUGCCUCCCGAGAUGGACACACAGGGUGCCAGUGCCCAGAGCAGCGGCAUACGGGAGCACGACUCCCUAGGUACUGGGCUUCGCCAUGCAGUUCCCCCUGUAGUUUCUGGCGCACGGGCGACGAUGCCAUUGCCGCUGAGAGACCCCUCAAUCAUCAUCGAGCGGAGUCGACCAUUUGUUGGUCGCAAGAGAAAGGCAGAGAGUGUCAGCGGACAGGAGGCAAGGGGAGUUGCAGGUUGUGGCAAAGGCAGAGGCCGACCAUCGGGAGAGGGGAGGGGUGCGGGCGAGAGGGUUAUGUCUGCAGCGGGACGCGGGAGAGGAGUGGGGCGUGGGAGAGGAGAGGGACGUCCCAGAGGCCGACCACCCGGACGGGGGAGAGGAGAGGGACGUCCCACGACACGAGGGGGCGGUGUACCACGGAGGAGAGCCCCCGCAGAUGGAAGAGACGUUCAUACGGACGCAGUGUCGGUCACAUCAUCGAGCACCGAGGAGGAGGAGGGCAUAGCAUUGCGCAUCACCAGGCGGCGCAGGGGAGAGGCGACGACGGGGGCAGCAUUAGCAUCCGUGGCCACAUCAGGCUCGAGCACAUCGGCAUCAUCAGGCGACCCGGAUUUCGAGGGGGGUGUUGAGGUGGACGAGGAGGAGGCAGAGGCCGAUGCAGACCUUGCGGCGGGAGAGGGUGACAUGUCAUGAUAGUUUUGUACAUUUUUUCGUUUUGUGUUCAGGUAUUUUGGGCAGCGAGAGGUUCCAGUUCCCAUCACUUUACAGUAAUGGGAUCUCCGCUGUCGACAUGAGCGCUUUGAUUGCAUGAAGUGGGCCAGGGGAGUGUGGCUUACUACCCUGGAGGUACCGUCUUCCCCCGAACAUAACGCACCCUAAAAAUGAAUGUAUACAAGCUGU